CCGGCGGGGAGGCAGGAUGCAGCCGUGCGGAGGCGCCGCGGCGGGACGCCGAGCCUUCGACCGCAUCUGCCCCAACAGGAUGCUGGAGCUGGGGGGCCGGCCUUUCGUCAAGCCCGGGAAGCUAGAGAGGAAGUUCGCCCCUCCGCGGAAGUUCUUUCCUGGUUGCAGCGGCAGCAGCCCAGUGGCGAUAUAUGAAGAUCCCCGGGACGCCGAGCCCGCGGCGCUGCCAGCCCUCACCACCAUAGACCUGCAGGACCUCGCCGACUGCUCCUCGCUACUCGGGUCCGACGCGCCGCCUAGUGGUGACUUGACCGAUUCGCAGAACCAUUCUCUGCAGACGGCAGCGGACUUCGAUCUGCAGGAUUUCAGAGACACAGUGGACAGUCUCAUUGCAGACUCAUCCUCUUUGAUGUCGCCUCCUCUGGCCGGUGGAGACUUCCCCUUCUCUCCUUGCGACGUAUUGCCAUUUGGGCCCUGUCUCUCUCCGCCGCUGGACCCAAGGGCCCUGCAGUCACCGCCGCUGCGCCCUCCGGACGUGCCCCCGCCUGAGCAGUACUGGAAGGAGGUGGCCGACCAGAACCAGAGGGCAUUGGGGGACGCACUCGUUGAGAAUAACCAACUGCACGUGACACUGACCCAGAAACAGGAGGAGAUCGCCUCGCUCAAAGAGCGGAACGUGCAACUGAAGGAACUUGCCAGUCGGACCCGGCACCUGGCCUCGGUGCUGGAUAAGCUGAUGAUCACGCAGUCCCGGGAUCGUGGAACGACAGCCGAGCCCUUCCUGCUCAAGGCGACAGCCAAAAGGAGCCUGGAGGAGUUGUUCAGUGCUACCGGGCAGGAUUGCGCGGAAGUGGACGCCAUCCUGAGGGAGAUUUCCGAGCGCUGCGAUGAAGCGCUGCAGAGCCGCGACCCCAAGCGCCUCCGGCUACAGCCGGAGCCCGCGAAGAGCGAAGGCAAGCCGGGGCACCUGCACGGCAGCUUCCGGGGGCUGCGCACAGACUGCAGCCGAAGCGCGCUCAACUUGAGCCACAGUGAGUUGGAAGAAGGCGGCUCCUUCAGCACUCCCAUCCGCAGCCACAGCACCAUCCGCACCCUCGCUUUCCCCCAGGGCAAUGCCUUCACCAUUCGGACAGCCAACGGGGGUUACAAAUUCCGCUGGGUCCCCAGUUGAGCUGGGUUGUGGUGGCCCCAAACACUGCCCUGUAUCCGAACUGAAGCGCCUGAAGGUUAAGUGGGAGUAGCUGCAACGUUUUCCUGAACCUGGCUUCUCAGAAGAGCUCCCCCUGCUGGGCGAACGCCACUCUGAAACUUUUCAGGAACCAAAAAAAGGUCUAGAUAAUGAUGUACUUGUGAAGUCCUGGUAUAAAAUACUGUAUAUUCCUUCCCCUUUCACUGUGUGUGUGUGUGUGUGUGUGUGUGUGUGUGUGUAAACACACAUAAUCUCAAUUUUCAAGGUUAUUUUUAAGAGCUUUGAAUGAUAGACUUUUAGAACGAGAAGGAUUUAAAAUGUACUUAGCUAUUUUAUAAUUAUAUAAUCCCCUACUUUUAUAAGAAGGAAAAGUAGGCUCGAAGAGAUUAAGUAAUUUUCCAUAAGCAGCAGCAUUUAUUGAGAAUUUCCAGUCUUUCUCACUAGUUAUUUAAAGAUCGUAGGUCCAGAAGCCAGGUUUCUGAGUGAAUGCUUCAUUACAUCACGGAACUUUCUCUGGUCCUAAGGACCCUUAAUUAUCUUACUUUUGAAAGCUUUUGUUCUGGCUGGAAGAAUAAAAAGUUAGGAGAGAAGCCAACAUACUUGCUUUCGGGCAACAAAGUAGAGAAAAAUGUAGAUGCUCAGAGGAAAUGGGCUAUCUACAAAAUAGGUACUAAAUACAUUUGUUUGUAAUGAUCAUUCAUAUAAUUUUGUAAGAUUUAUGGCAUACAUUUAUAUUAAUUAUAGUUUAUAUGUCUGAACAGAAGAAUCACACAGAAAGCAAACUUGGUUAAUAAAAAAUAUAAGUUUUAAGAAAAUGGCAUGUUUCACAUGAAAAAGAAUAUAUAUUUUUAUGUGUAUGUGUGUGUGUGCGCAUGUGUGCGUGUCUGUGCAUGCGAGCAUGUGCAGGUGCACAUGCACAUGUACCAGAAACAAAGUGUGGAAAUCUUGGUAAACCUAUUUGAAUUCCAUAGAUAAAACUGUGGUGCACAUUCAUGUCAUAUAUUUCUACGGCUGAUCUUCUAAGAAAAACUUACACAUUAUUUAGUGCCUUCACUUUGACUUUUUUUCUCUUUCCUUUUGUGUGUGUGUGUGUGUGUGUGUGUGUGUGUUUUCUAGUCUAUUGUGAAAUUAUGUGACUGGCAUAUAUAUGUCAAAUAGUGAUUUUUCCCAACCUUCCCAUUUCUCAACACAAGAGUUAUUUCUUUCUGUGUCCUCAGCGUGGGCAAGUUUCCAAGCCUGUUACCUCACAUCGCUCGUUCUGCCAUCUAAGUGGUGAUAUCAGGUAACAGGGGAGCUGGGCAGGGUGGCAGAACCCGCUCCUCCAGUUUGUCCUAUGUACUGUUAUCUGUAUUUAGGAGAAAAAAAAAGUGAUAAAAUAGACCACAUUUCCUCAUAUUUUGUCUAACAAAUGGACUAAAAGUACACUGAACAGUUGAAAAUUAUUUUCAUCAGCUUAUAUAUAAAAUUACUGAAGUUCAGGCUCAAAAAAACCAAAAACAACAAACAAACAAAGACCCUUAACUUGUCCUGAGCAACGAUCCACAGAAAGAGACUGACAAAUGACAAGCAGGCAGCCCCUCUCCUUUUUUCCCAAUACACGGACGAUGGAGACUUUUUGGGUUAGGGCUGAAAGUCAAGGGGUUGGUGCCUGAGGGAUAUAACUCUUCAUUAAUCUCAAAGCUGUGGGGGAAACCAACAGUAGUUUCUACUUACACGGAAGGCAGUAACUCCUGCAGUAUAAGCUCUUCUAAAAAUAUACUUACAAGAGGUGUGCCUGGGUGUAGGUGUCUGCCUUUCGAUCAGGUCAUGAUCCCAGGGUUCUGGGAUUGAGCCCAGAGUAGAGCAUUGGGCUCUCUGCUCAGCGGGGAAGCUGCUUCUCCCUCUUCCUCUGCCUGCCACUCUCCCUGCUUGUGCUUUCUCUUUCUGUCUCUGUUAAAUAAAUAAAAUCUUAAAAAAAAAAUACAAGAGUCAGAGGCCUUGUGAUGGAUGCUAUAACCUUAUUAUACUGUAGUUUUAAAAUUUUUCCUUUUUCCAGCGGGGCUCCGUAGCUCAGGGGUUAGAGCACUGGUCUCGUAAAAUUUUUCCUUUUUCCUUUUCUUUUUUUUGGAGUUAUUUUUUUGAGGAAAUGAAAAACUUUAAACACUAUGAUAGAUUAAAUUGCUAUUAAUCUUUGUAAAUAUUACUUUUAUGUAAGUGAAUCUCAUCAACCUAUUGCAAAUCUUAAAUUUCAGUUAAUUCCAAAGGAAAUAAUAUUAUUGCUCAAUUUUUAAAACAGAACACAGUGUGGCUUUUGUUAACAGAUGAAUAUGCUAUUUGGUUUGACAUACAGUAUAGAUGGUAAACGUGUGCCCAUCAUCACAGUGGCGGGGACUUGCAUACUUGCUGCAAAGUCAAAACUGGUCCAAUACAUCCUUUGAUGCCUCCUGCUCAUAAUUUGGUGUGAAUAAAAGGUCAUAAAGCUAUGAUCGAAAUUAAGGCAUCUUCUCCUUGUGAAUAUUAAUAACAUUUGAAAAAAUAUAAUAAGAAAAAACCUACUGUAGACUGGCUUUCACCAUUCACUGUACUAGGUGGCAGGAAUUGGUGGGAGGGAGAUGUUUCUAAAUGUCACUAGAUGUCAUAGCUGUCAUCUUCCUCACAAACCUAGGUCAAUUCAGUGUCACUGGAGGUUAGAGUACAUAGAAUAGAACAGAGAAGGGAGUGAGAGAGAAUUUAAUCUUUCCCUAAAUGUAGAAAAUUAGCAAAUCAUCUAUUCCAAAGUAAUACACAUAAAGAGUUACUUCUAAACAGAAAGGUUUGAUCUUUUUAAAAAGAUUUAUUUAUUUUUAUUUUAGAGAGUGAGAAACAGAGAGAGCAGGGGUGGGGGCCAGAGGGAGCAGGAGAGAGAGAAUACUCAAGCAGGUUCCCCAAUGAGUGUGGAGAACCAGGACCAGGAUCCUGACCUGAGCCCAAAUCAAGAGCCGGACGCUUAACUGACGGAGCCACUGCAGUGCCCCAAAAAGGUUUAAUCUUAGUGUCUCCAUCUUCCCUACAAACAUACAUACAUACAUUUAUUUAUUUAUUAUUUACUAUUUAUUUAUUUAUAAAAUAUUUUAUAUAUUUAUUUGACAGACUCACAGCCAGAGAGGGAACACAA